AUGGCUGCCAAAACCCCUUCCGAUGAGCGCAAGAUGCUCAAUGGCCAAGGAUCUGUAAAGGCCACCAGUUCCACCCAUGCUAAUGGAGCUGCCAAAGCAAACGCUGCCGAGCAGUCUGGCGAUGAUUCGGAUGACGAUCCAGACCAACAUACUAUUGAAGUCUCGGCUGCCGCUGGUGAGAGUGGUGACGUGAAGAAGCCUAAGAAUAAAAAGAAAAAGAACAAAAAGAAGAAGAAGGCUGUUCAGACCGAGCCUCCAUCAAUCCUUGUGUCGAAACUAUUUCCAAACGACAACUAUCCAAAGGGCGAAGAGGUCGAGUACAAAGAUGAAAAUCUGUACCGCACUACUGACGAAGAAAAGCGUCAUUUAGACAGCAUAAACAACGACUUCCUCUCCGACUAUCGCCAGGCGGCCGAGACGCAUCGUCAGGUCCGCCAAUGGGCGCAGAAGAAUAUUAAGCCGGGUCAGAGCCUCACUGAAAUUGCCAACGGCAUUGAAGAUAGCGUUCGGCGACUCUUGGGGCAUGACGGCUUGACUGAAGGGGAUUCUCUUCAUGCCGGCAUGGGCUUUCCCACCGGCCUGAAUAUCGAUGAGAUUGCUGCUCACUUCAGUCCCAAUGCAGGUGAUAAAACUGUGCUCCAGCAGAACAAUGUACUGAAAGUUGACAUUGGUGUGCAUGUCAACGGCCGCAUUGUCGACAGCGCCUUUACAAUGGCGUUUGAUCAUAAAUAUGAUAACCUUCUUGCAGCUGUGAAAGACGCCACGAAUACUGGCGUCCGCGAAGCAGGAAUCGAUGUCCGCCUUGGAGAAAUAGGCGGCUACAUCCAAGAGACCAUGGAAAGUUAUGAAUUGGAACUCAACGGGACGACGUAUCCGAUUAAAUCAAUUCGCAAUAUUGGAGGCCACAGCAUCUUGCAAUACCGCAUCCACGGUACCAAAAGUAUCCCAGCUGUGAAAUCGGACGACAUUACCAAGAUGGAAGAGGGUGAUAUCUUUGCCAUCGAGACUUUCGGCAGUACUGGUAAUGGCUGGGUAUACGACCAUGGAGACGUCUCUCAUUACGCCCUCCGUGGCGAUGCACCAAAGGUGGAUUUACGUCUUUCCUCGGCCAAAUCACUCUUGAAUGUUAUCAAGAAGAACUUCCAUACCAUUCCAUUUGCCCGACGCUACUUGGAUAGAAUCGGCCAGGAAAAGUAUCUGCUUGGUCUUAACACUCUCGUGAAAAACGGCAUCGUUGAGGAUUACCCGCCUUUGGUUGACAAGAAAGGGUCGUAUUCGGCCCAAUUCGAGCAUACUAUCCUGCUCAGACCUACCGUAAAGGAGGUCAUUAGCCGUGGAGACGACUACUGA